AGGGGCCGGGCGGCGCCGCCGUCUUAAGGCAGCGGGGCCGGGGGCGGCCCGGGGGUAGCGGCGGCGGCUGGGGAGCGGCCUCAUGCACUGCGCCAGAGUAUUAGACUAUUUUCCUCACAAACAAGUGAUGGCUGUGGAUGUAGCAAUGCAGCUGUACCUGUGCUCUUCACCCCUGCGAAGAGAGGGGUGUGCCUGCAAAAUUGCUCCAAAGCCAAACAAGCCAUUGCGGCCGUGCAUCCAGCUGAACAGCAAGGCGGUGCUGACUGGACCAGAAGAGGCAGCAAACUCCUUCACACACAACAAAGUGAAGAAGAAGGUGUCGUUUGCGGACAGUAGAGGCUUUGCUCUGACGAUGGUGAAGGUGUUCUCGGAGUUUGAUGAUCCCCUCGAUAUUCCUUUCAACAUCACCGAGCUGAUUGACAACAUUGUGGGUCUGACAACGGUGGAGAGGGACAGCUUUGUCCUGGAUUUUGUUCAGCCUUCUGCGGACUACCUGGACUUCAGAAACCGUCUCCAGACGGACUGUGUGUGCCUUGAAAACUGUAUGUUGAAGGAGCGGUCUGUUGUGGGCACAGUGAAAGUGAAGAAUCUGGCUUUUGAAAAGAGCGUGAGGAUCAGGAUGACAUUUGACACCUGGAAAAACUUUGUAGACUACCCAUGCCAGUAUGUCAAGGAUACAUAUGGAGGGUCAGAUCGGGACACGUUUUCCUUUGACAUCAGCUUGCCUGAGGGAAUUCAAUCCCAUGAAAGAGUUGAGUUUGCCAUCUCCUUUGAGUGUAAUGGCAAAGUGUACUGGGACAGCAACAGAGGCACAAACUACCGGAUCAUACGGUCGGAACUGAAGUCUGCCCAGGAAGCCAUUUGCCCCCCGCGUGGCCCUGACUUUGGCAGUGCCUUUGACCAGUUUGGGAGCCCUCGCUGUUCCUAUGGCCUGUUCCCUGAGUGGCCAAGCUAUUCAGGCUACGAGAAGUUGGGGCCUUACUAUUGACCUGAAGGCAAAGUUCUGACUGCUGCUGGCGUGUCUGCAGGCCUGGGAGCCCAUCUGAAUAUGCGUUGAAAGGUGGAAGAAGUGAGGCUCCACGGAGCUCCGCGUAAGCCUCCCAGCAAAAGUGCAGUGCUCUGCUGGCGGCUGGCUUAUAAUCAGGGACACACCUCCAGUGUAAUGGGCUGCCUUCCCUGCCUGAAGUCAGAUAACUGGCUCUCCAGAUGCUCAAAGGAACAGGAGACGUUGCUUGCCUGUCUGUUCAGUGCUGCUACUCCUUCCUCUUCUGUAAAGCUGCUACUCUCCAGGGAAACACUACAGUGCUUGUAUUGUCUGCCUAAGCUACGUAGUGAUGGCUGGCUUGUGUUGCUUGCUAGUUUUUUUUUUUUUUUUCAGAAUAUGUUCUAGUAUAUAUUUUUUUUAAAGUGUGCUGUACUUCAGCUGCAGGGUUCUCCUUGCAAAGCUGGCCUGUGCCUGUCAGGAAAUUAGGAAGUGGUUGGCUUGUGGGGAACAGUCAUCUUCUCAUGCACUUCCUCAUGCGAGGUCCUUUCUGCUCGAGGCAAGAAGGGUAUUUUUGGAAGUGAAAAGACAACUGAUGGUAAGAGAUGUAACUUGCAGCCUGCUGUAUUAGGAGACAUAUGUGCCUGUGGGAGAGAAUCUGAUAUGCUUAGUCACCAGUUUUAUCAGCUGAUCUUGAAAAGCUUUCCUCAUAUGCUCGAUGUUACCAAAAAUAGAGAUUAGCUGUAGCUGUGUGGUGCCUGUAACACAGCAGUGGGUUGACAGUUCUGACUGCCUUCUUUAAAAACCUUCCCAUCUUUCAAUCACAAGUGACCAAUGAUGCUUUUUUCCCCUCGAUGGACAUCUGAAAUCAGCUCCUGGCCUUGCUGGGCCCCGAGAAUGCAAGUACUUCCUUCUGUGAACUGUAUGGCAGAGUUUUGCUCAGCCUAGGAUGGCUGGGGCCUGGGGGCUGUGCUCAGGUGCUGUGGGAGCUAAACACAGAGCGCAGCUACUCUGCCACAUCCCGUUAAGGAAAAAGUGACUGUAAUAUGCCUACUGUGGUGGAAGUGCCUUGACUGAGAACAUGGUGGCACGCAUGGUCUCAGCAAGGGUUUGAGAUAAACAGGCUUUGGAGGAGAUGUUGCCUCUUUUUAUGAUCCAGUGGUUUGUUACUCCGUGCCAUGGACUACUUGGUAGCUAAUGGAGUGAUGGGGCUCACUCGCAAGGAUGCUGUGGCUGUGCUGGAAGGACAUUAACAUGCUGUACUGCCCUCACUGCUCUAGUAGCUGCUGCCGUUUCAACCCGUUGAGUGCCCAAGCUUUGUGCUGUGCUCACCGUAAGAAGAUGAGGUGGCCAGCUUGUGUGGUGCUAACAGCCUCACACGGCUUCUUGCAUUACUAGUUGGGCAGAAAAACUUAAUCCCUCAUCUCAAAGGGAGGGUGCUGAAUAGUUAGUAGACAUAGAGGUCAAGGGAAUCUUACUCUUCCUAGUGCAUAAGCUUUAUAAGACUUUGGGGUGUCUAUAGUAGCCUCCGGAUGGCUGGAGCGUGGGCUAGACUACUUGUUAACUUUCUAAACCUAGCUUUUAGUUCUGGAGACUGCUGCAUAAAUUACUUCAGCUGUUUUACCCUAACCUGGAAGGGAUACAAUGAUCGCUGUCGGAUGCUGGAAGGAACAAAAGAGCUUGCAGGAAGAAUAGCUAGCUUUCAACUGCUGCCUUCUCAGAACCUGACAUCAGUGCCUGUUAUCACUCUGAUCACUCAUUCCAGGUGGUAAAUCUGCUUGCUAGCCCAGAGCUCGUCAGGUUUGGUUCCUCUCUUCAAAUAGCUUCCUGAGUCAGCUCUUCUAGCCUGUGUCUGGUGUCUCUUGGAGGGACUGUUGCCUAGCUUGGUUCGAACCUGUUUUUAAACUUAAGUCUGAGUGACACUUUUUUUUUUGAUGUAGUGUAUGAUGUUAAUGCUGUAAGACACUGUAGAGAAGUCGUGCUCUCCGGGCGUGCUCUCAUGCCUACAGAGGGCAGUUUGUGGGCUGAAACAAGGCAUGUAUGUUUGGGUGCUGCGGAUGGUGGUAUCUCCUUUGGGGCCUGUGUGCUUUCAGGCUGUGGAAGCGGUGUGCUUAGGGAAUAGAAUGGAAGAUAAGCUAGAAGAGCAAUACCGUAAGUAAAAGCUAGGCUGGGAACUGACUGUUUGACCAAUAGUAGUUCAAAAAUACUACUUGUGGCCUUUCCCCUCUUCCCUUUCUCCGUUGCCAAUGUGAACAUAGAGGUAAGGGGUUGCUCUCCUCACUCUAUGCCUGGAAGUGCCUUGUGGGUUUUGUGCAUGUUUGUUUUUAAAAGAUAUUUUUGUACACAACAUUCAAGUGGAAAAUGCACUUUAUAAUUGCAAUGUAAUGAGUCUUUUAAAACCGUGGUUCUGUUUUUAUCUGAUUGUUAAAAUAAAGGUGAAACAAUGUUAG